AUGUCUGGAAACAUCAGAUCAGUGUCUGUCGUGUGGGUGCUGUUGCUCUGUCUGGUAUUCUGCAGGACACUGACCAGUACAGGCGCAGCACCCAUCUGCACCAAUGCCCAGGCUGGGUGCCAUGCACUCUCCUUGGCCAACCUGUUUGACCGGGUCAUCCAACACUCAGCCAGGAUGCACGGCAUUUCAAACGACCUUCACUCUGAAUUCGAGCAGUACUUCCUGCCCAGCAAGAAUCAGAUCGCCCGGGUCGGUCGCAACUGUCACACUUCGACCAUCCUCACCCCAAACGGCAAAGAGAACGCUCAGAGAAUGGCGAGAGAGCAGCUGACAGAGGUGAUUCUGAAGCUCCUGGUGGCGUGGAGAGAUCCCCUGUGGCAUUUCCACCAGAGCAUGGCUCACCACCAUGACUUCACCAACUUCAGCUCCAACAAAGCCCUGGAGAUGAGCGACAUGGUGCACGAGCUGCGCAAAGGUGUAGAGAAGGUGGCCAAGAAGAUGCAGAUGUUGGGCAUGAUGAGCGACUCCGUCAGCAGCCAGGCUUCUCCUGAGGUGCUGCUGCCGUCUGACAGCCCUGAAUGGCGCCUGAUGAAAGACUACGACCUCCUGUACUGCUUCCGCCGAGACUCCAACAAGGUCCAGAACUACUUGAAGAUCCUUAAGUGUCGAAUUGUUCCAGAGCACGGAUGCUAA